AUGUGGGCGAAGUUCACGACGUGCUUUCGGAAGCAAGUGCAAACGCAGUGUUACCAGCCGGAAAGUUUGUUGGAUACCCCCGAGCUUUCGGAAAAAAGCGAGUUCCUUUAUGCUUUGCUGCCGAGGAAGCGAUCAAAAGAUAACUCAGUUCGUGAGAAAAGGUCUGCUUCUUCCAGAAGUCGUCGAGAAGGAACAAUUAUCAUCAAGAGGAAAUUCUUGAAUCGGGCCCCGAAGCGAUUUCAUGGGAACGAUUCACAACUUUUAAUCGUUUUUCAUUUCACGGAAUUCAAAUUCCUUUCGGUGACAUUAAAAACGAUGCUGCGUUUGGGAACGAAAUGCCUCUGGGCAAGAUCCGCUCAAUUGCUCGCAGGUCCCCGAAAUGCAAAAUUACCAACAGCAGUAGCUCAUAAGGUUCUGAUGCUGCCAUUCGAAGAACAAAGGCGUAAUUGCACUGGACAUGCUGCUGAGCACUUGACUGAGGAAUCCGUGGGACGUUUGGAGCAAAAGUUCAUCAAUUAUUUCAGCGAUAAGGAAAUCGACGGGUGGGAUUUGCGACAGAAAAUCACGGAUUUGUUCUACGAGGACAUGGUACCCAGUCCGAAGGUCGUGGAGUCUAUCUUGGAAGCUUGUCGUCGGGUCAACGAUUAUGCCUUGACCAUCAGAUUUCUGGAGGCACUUCACGCCAAGACUGGCCAAGAUGAGGCGAUUUUUGAAUGGCUGAUGGCUCAAGUUAAGCCGACUAUGGAUAAGCUAGGGAUUAGCACACUGAAGCAGUUGGGAUAUGACAAACCAGAGCUGUGGAUGGAGGAUAACGACGAUCUAUGAAAACACCUCUUAAACGCAAUUAAUCACCCAAUUUUUCAUCAUGCCAAUAAUUUUUUGUCAAUGUUUGAAUUGUGCGACAAUAAAGGAAGGGCUUAUCCAUUUA